UUCAACUCAAUUCACGUCCUGUGUUUUAUUUAAGCUAUUUUAGAAAACUCGGGCAUUAUUGCAGGAAGAAAUAGUUAAUAAUAGAGUAAAUGCACCCUGCAAAACAUCAACUAACCCGCAUACUCCUCCACCUGCUAAUAUUUACUUCACUCUGUGAACCAUUUUAUAUGUCAGCCCCCCUCCCCAAAGCAUUACAAAAUCCUCAAACCUCCUCUUUCUCUUCUUUCUCGUAGUGUUCUAAGCUGUCAGUGAUAAUGGAGAGGAAAAGAAGCAAUCCUGCUUUUCUUACCAUGUUCACAUUGCUGGCUGGAUUGCUUUCUCAGAACCUUGUCAUCCCUGUAAUAUCCACCACCGUUGAGGAUCAGAAAAACUACUACUCUCCAGACCCACAUGCAGGAAGUCCUUCCACAGGUUCAUCUAAUUCUCUAUGGUCGCGCAGUCCACCAUCUCAUGGCUCUGGAGGUGGCUAUGGAAGCACACCACCAUCUCAUGGAACCCCAUCACACGGAGGUGGCGGAAGUUACAAUCCAAGCCCAUCACAUGGAGGUGGCUAUGGAAGCACAACACCCUCUCAUGGAACCCCAUCACAUGGUGGUGGUGGAAGUUACAAUCCAACCCCAUCAACUCCCCCAGGCAGUGGAAGUUAUGAUCCAACCCCAUCAACUCCCCCAGGCAGUGGAAGUUAUGAUCCAACCCCAUCACCACCCUCAGGUGGUGGAAGUUACAACCCAACCCCAUCACAUGGAGGUGGCGGAAGUUACAAUCCAACCCCAUCAACUCCCCCAGGUGGCGGAAGUUAUGAUCCAACCCCAUCACCACCCUCAAGUGGAAGUUACAAUCCAACCCCAUCAACUCCCCCAGGUGGGGGAAGUUAUGAUCCAACCCCAUCACCACCCUCAAGUGGAAGUUACAAUCCAACCCCAUCAACUCCCCCAGGUGGCGGAAGUUAUGAUCCAACCCCAACAACUCCCCCAGGCAGUGGAAGUUACAAUCCAACCCCAUCAACACCCUCAGGUGGUGGAAGUUACAAUCCGACGCCAUCAACACCUGGCAACUGUGGAUCACCACCACACGAACCUUCUGUUCCAACACCCUCAACGCCCUCAACUCCAGCAACACCAUCAAACCCUCCCUCAGGAGGCGGUGGGUACUAUAACUCACCACCAACUUAUGGAGGUGGUAGCCCCCCAACACCAAUCACUGUGAGCCCACCAACCACCCCAAUCGACCCAGGCACCCCCACUCUCCCCUCACCCCCUUUCCUUCCAUCCCCAUCUCCCUUCACUGGUACAUGCAACUACUGGAGGACUCACCCAGGAAUCAUCUUGGGCUUGCUAGGCUGGUGGGGAACCUUAGGCAAUGCAUUUGGCGUCUCUGUUAUACCAGGAUCUGGAGCGGCCAGUCUCAGCUUGCCACAAGCACUUUCAAACACAAGAACUGAUGGGCUUGGAGCACUCUACAGAGAAGGGACAGCUUCCUUUCUCAACUCAUUGGUGAACAACAGGUUCCCUUAUACAACCCAGCAAGUCAGAGACCGGUUUGCAACGUCGCUAAGCUCAAAUAAGGCCGCAGCCGCACAAGCCCGCCUCUUCAGGAUGGCCAACGAGGGGCGAAUGAAGCCUCAUGCAUGAUAUAAUUAAUUUGGUUUAUGUGUCAGUUUAUUAAGAACGUUAUAUCUAAGACUUCUGCUAAGAGUGUGUUCUUUGGUUUUAUCAUGUAUUAAUUUACCUUAAGAUGGACAUCAUGUUACUUUACAACUUAAUGUUAGCUUUUAUGGUUUCUUAUUUUUAAAUAAAGUUAAUAUAUUGUUAUUUUGAUAGUUCCAGAUCUUCAUUCAGAAGAUUCAAGUAUAAAGCCUAAUAUAUGAAGCAAUGUCAAAUUCUUAUUAAGAAAUCCUUCUUUUCAUUAUAUUAAAAUCACUUCAACUCAGCCAAAAUGGCAGGCUAAAUCAGAAUCUGCAAUACUAUUCAUCAAUCAAAAACUGAUGAUUGUCCAAUGUUCAGCACAGAAGGUUCACAUUAAGGGUGUGCUGUGCAUCAUCUUCUCACUAAAUGAAGGUUUACCUCUAAGGGUGUACAUCAUCUUUCAAAAUAAAUUUAUUAUCCAUACAGAGUAAUCCAGAAGUAGCCCUAGUCUAGAAAUGUUCAUUUGUUCAUGCUACAUGAAUUGCAUUCAAGUCAUAAGCAUGAUCGGGUGAGCCUUGCAAACAUGAACAAGGUCCACACUGUAAAGUGGUCCAGUAUUGUUUCCUAGUGAAAUGCAAAGGAAUGGCUUUGUUGUCAAUAUAUACAUAUAAACAACGACAACAGAUGGGCCAAGAUGCUAGAGCGGGUGCCCCUGUACAAAAUGGGAAAG